CUUUCCUCUCCCCAACUCUGUUCGCGUCGACUUUCUGUUUUGCAGUGAUUUGAUUGCUUGCUCCCAGCUAUGUGAUUUGGUUCGGACACACCUCGCCUGCACCACCACUGAUUGUCCUCUUCAUCUUCAUCACCAAAAGAGAAAGCAGACGGCUCCAGUGAGUUGUGCUGCCGUCGCUCUCCAGGGAGGAAGAUGUCCGCUGGCUUCCCCGGGCCGGAGCCAGUUUAGGAAGAUCUUUUUUUCCCACAGAGUUUCGUUAGGAAAACACCAACGUUUUGUUGCGCUUUGUGCCGUUGUCCUUUAACUUAAGAGACAACUGUCAGAGUCGGGCCCCCCCUCUCAAACACGGAGCUGCAUGGCUGUGAACCAGUGCCUUGGACGUUUUACGUCAAGUUCUGUCGUGCCAGGCCAAGGCGAGGGCGGACUGGAGAUGCCUUCAGGCUAAGAGAGCUAACGUCUGGACCAGGGCUAGACCGCAAAACACAGACUGCUUAGCACCAGUAGGCGAGAAAGGAUCUUGGUGUGCUUUGUUUUUAAGACCCUCCUCAUACCGCCGGUGUGAACUAGAAAGGGCAGCUACACGAUAUGCCGAAAUAGCGGUUACUUUGUUAAGUUAGCUUGUUGUUUGAAUCUUAAGUUAUCUUGUAACGGCGCGACGUUAAGCUAGCAAAGUUAGCUGUGCAGCUUCUGUAUCAUAACAACACAAGCCAAAUGUCUAGUGAUUGUUCACUGACACAAAACACUGCAGGGAAGGUUGUCUGUCAGCACUAAUACACUAUGAUAUAUUAAAAUAAAGGUGUCUUUCUGAGGUAUUUAACACAGCCUAGGUGGGUGGACAAACAUGAGCACUAACUAACUAGCACCAAACGAAAAGAGGGGGUGAUAACAGGACUGACUGCUAUUUGAGCAUCUCAACUAAAGAAGUUAAAUUUGGGGUGUUUUUAGCACCUGCUUAAACUUGUAAGUCACAACAACGAGGAAAGGCAGCCGCUCAACCUGAUGACCAUGGAGGGAAAUGUACAACAACAGAAAACAACUCAAUUAGCCCGGGAACUGAUGAGGGUAUUUAACAGCUACAACAAGCACACCGUGCAGCUGAAGAAGAACCUGAAGGAGACUAACGCAUUCUUCCGGGAAAUAAGGCAAAAUUACAGCAAUGCUUGUGCAUCAACCAUGAGCUCGGAUUCUCUGGAGGCAGGACAGCUUAGCUGCAUCUCUUUCCCAAGCCAUGAGGAAGAGUUCCUACGUAACACUGUGGGUGCUGCCCCGAACAUUGUGGUACUAGGCCAAGACUGUGCUGCCCGCUACCAGCUGCUCAACUGCCUUUUGGGGGAGAGGCUGCUGCCGCUAGGCCCAGAGGCCGGAGAGGCUUGUGAAGGAGUCCAGGGCACUGUCUGCAAGAGGCGGAAGCUGUGCUUCACCCAUGGGAGGCAGACAAGGCUCAGCUUGGCGCUGCCUGGCCAGUAUGAGCUGGUGCACCAGCUUGCGGCUAACUGUGGCCGCUGGGAUACAGUGCCCCGGGAAGACUUGGAGAUCCAUGAGGAAUGUGAGGACCCAGCCCACAGGCUGGCAGAGCUGGAGAUCACCCUGCAUCACCCACUGCUACAGGAAGCAAAGGUCAUGGUGGUACCUUGUCCGAGUGUCCAGCCCAUAGAAGAGGCCCUUGAAGACUGCACUCGCAACGUGGUCCCCAUCAUACUCUAUGCCAUCAACCAGGACUCCCUAAGCACAGAGCAGGUGACUGAGCUCUGGAAGGUUAAAGAGAUGCUCCCCUUUCCCAUCUGUUUUGUUCGUAUCCCUGACAUCAUGCAAGCAGCCUCCCCAGAACCCGGCCGCCAAGCGGAAAAGGAAAAGGAGAGGGAGAAGAGUGCCCUCCAUAAGCAGCUACUCUCCCUUGGAUUCCUCAGUAGCCCAACAGGAAAGUGCUCCUGUGGUGCCCCUACACAGAUGCCCACCCCGGGUGCAAAGCCCCAGAGCAUGCUGGGUGAGGCUUUCGAAAGACUGCAUCGGUUGCUGGUGCCUUUUGCUCGCCAAGUGCUUCAAAACCAGCAGGUAGAGGCUGCCAACCUGCUUAAUGGGCUUCACUGUCGCUGUCUAGAUCUUUUCAUCAACCAGGCCUUUGACAUGCAGAGGGACCUGCAGAUAACACCCCGCAGGCUGGAGUACACCCGUGAGAAAGAGGGUGAACUCUUCACCUCCCUCAUGGCCAUCGCAAACCGCAAACAGGAAGAGAUGAAGGAGAUGAUUGUGGAGACGCUUAGCAGCAUGAAGGAGCAGCUGCUGGAGGAUGCUGCGAACUUGGAGUUUACAGACAUCAUUGUAACAUCUAAUGGAGAACCAGUUACGUCGAGGGACAUCAAAUCUUGCAUCCACCAGAUCCAAGAGCUGAUAGUGGUUCGUUUGAAUCAGGCCGUGGCGAAUAAGCUGAUCAGCUCUGUGGACUAUCUGAGGGAGAGCUUUGUAGGAACUCUGGAGCGAUGCCUCAACAGUCUAGAGAAGUCAAACUUCGAGUCUUCUGUCCACAAUAUCACUUCUAAUCAUCUCAAACAGUUAUUAAAUGCUGCCUAUCAUGUGGAAGUCACCUUUCAUUCAGGAUCCUCGGUCACAAGACUUUUCUGGGAGCAAAUCAAACAGAUAAUCCACAGGAUAACGUUUGUGAACCCUCCUGCCAUCACUCCAGAGUGGAAGCGGAAAGUGGCCCAGGACGCCAUUGAAAGUCUCAGCGCUGCCAAACUGGCCAGAAGCAUCUGCUCCCAGUUCAGAACUCGCCUCAACAGUUCCCACGAGGCCUUUGCAGCAUCCCUGCGCCAGCUGGAGGAAGGCCACACGGGGCGUCUAGAGCGCACUGAGGACCUGUGGCUGCGUGUGAGGAAGGACCACGCCCCUCGGUUAGCCCGCCUGUCUCUGGAGAGCCGCUCCCUCAGGGAUGUGCUGCUGCAUGGUAAGCCAAAGCUCGGGCGAGAGCUGGGUCGGGGGCAGUACGGAGUUGUGUACUUGUGUGACAGUUGGGGGGGACACUACCCAUGUGCCUUGAAGUCCGUGGUACCGCCUGAUGAUAAACACUGGAACGACCUGGCUCUGGAGUUUCACUACACAAGGACCCUGCCCAAGCAUGAGCGGCUCGUCGACCUGCAUGGCUCUGUGAUUGAUCACACCUACGGAGGCGGCUCCAGCAUCGCCGUGCUGCUCAUCAUGGAGCGGCUGCACAGAGACCUCUAUACAGGCUUGAAGGCUGGUUUAUCGCUGAGGGAGAGACUUCAGAUCGCUCUGGACGUGGUGGAGGGGAUCCGCUUCCUGCACAGUCAGGGCCUCUUGCACAGAGACAUAAAGCUAAAGAAUGUUCUGUUGGACAAACAGAAUCGCGCAAAGAUCACCGACCUGGGCUUCUGUAAACCGGAGGCCAUGAUGUCCGGCAGCAUCGUUGGGACCCCCAUCCACAUGGCUCCAGAGCUGUUUACAGGAAAGUAUGAUAACUCUGUGGAUGUCUACGCCUUUGGGAUCCUUUUCUGGUACCUGUGCACGGGUUCAGUGAAACUCCCAGAAGCCUUUGAGAAGUGCUCCAGUAAGGACCAGCUCUGGAAUAACGUUAAAAAAGGAGCCAGGCCCGAGCGGUUACCCAGUUUCGAUGAGGAAUGCUGGCAGCUGAUGGAGGCGUGCUGGAACGGAGACCCUUCCCAGAGGCCCCUGCUUGGUAUUGUGGAGCCCGGCCUACAAAGCAUUAUGGUUCGGCUCUGCAACUGUGGCUCGGAGCAGAAAAGCAGCAGCCUCGAGGACUCAAACUGAAAACAGUCCAGACAAACGAACACACCUGUGAUAGGGAUUCUGAUCAGGAAAGUAUUUUUCUUGUAUUUAUGACGAACGAAGAUGAAGAGAGAAGAACAGGUGACCAGUGAAUAAUGUUGGAGCUAUCCUCCUUGUUCACAGUUGUUGGAUUUACAUUAUUUAUGAGGAAUUGAUACAGACCAGAAGUUUGCAAAUAUGUGUGUGUGUGUUUUAAUUGUUUGUUCAUUGUGUAUUUGUAUACAAAACUCUACAAAAUGCUUUUGUUGUAGCUGCUGUGCUAAUUGCUACUUGUCCUAGAAUUGUUACUAGAUGCAAAUUGUUUUAAAGUAGUCCAUUCCCAAUGUUAUGAAUAUAUAUAAAAGAUUAAUUUUAGAUUGUAUUUAAACGAAACAUGUCUGCAUCUAUACAAGUACAUCUUUUUUAAUAAAAUGAUGGUGCAACUCA